UAAGAAAUCGAGAGGAAGACUAGCACCCCUAUUCUCCCAGCUCAUGGAGAUUGGAAAGAGGGAUAAGGGGCGUUGUAUCCAAUUUAAUACGUCACCUACUAUCACAGCCAAUGACAGCAGGGACAUGGCUGAGGGAGGGAGAGAGGGCGAGGAGAGAGAUGAUUCCCUCUUAGUUGAAGAUCCUCCUCAUGAUGGGUAG